CGCGCGGAGAGUAUAAAUUGUGCGCCGCCGGCCAGUCAGCCUUAUCGUGCAGCUUCUGGUGAUGGCGUCCACCGUGUGGUCCGGCCCUCGCUUGGCUUUGCUCGCGCUGCUCGUGGUGUCGUCUGCUGACGGCUAUGUCCAUAGGUGACGACAAUGUCUGCUUCGACUUUACCGUGCCGAAGAAAGUGCCGACAUAUGCGUUUCUACGCGCAACUGUCCGUUCUGGAUUAUUUUGGUCGACACGGCAGUUAAAGCUUCGUCUGUUGCCCUACACGCUGGUGACGCUGGUUCAGACCGACAAGUCCAAGUACAAGGCCGGCGAUCUGGUACAGUUCCGCGUGGUGACGCUCAAGAAUGACCUCACUGUCAUGGAGGAAGUGGUGGACCAGAUCUUCAUUACAACACCAGGCGGUACAAGACUGGCACAGUUCGACAAGGUCGCCACGCGGUCCGGAAUCAUUCAGAAGAAGUUCCAGCUGACGGAAGAGCCUCCCCUUGGCAGAUGGACCAUCCACGUAAAAAGGGGUGACAGCAUCGUGAGACAGCCGUUCGAGGUGGAGGAGUACGUGCUGCCCCGCUUCGAAGUCACCAUCGCUGGUCCCAAAUACAUCACCCGCGGAGCCAACACCGUUACCCUUAAAGUCUGUGCCACCUACACGUUCGGGAAGCCGGUGUCGGGCGCCGCUAUGAAGCUGUUGGUAUCUCGGCCGUCAACGUUCUUCUACCGACGCUGGGGCGCGCCAAGGUUCGAGAAGAACCUGCCUUCGAACGUCAAGUUCGCGGAGGAGACGGACAAGAACGGCUGUGUGGAGAUCGACGUCGUGUUGGCGAAAAUCGGACUAGGAAGUGCCUCCACUGGGCGUGUCCAUGCGAGCAGAAUCAUGACGCGCGGCCAGAUCAUCCGUCAGAGCUACGUUGACUCCUGGGGGCUGAUCAGAGUCCCUUUGGGUUUCGACGUGUCACCGGUCUUCAAGGUUCUUGUCUACUUCGUCAACUCCCUGGGCGAAAUCGUGUCGGACUCCAAGGCCUUCAAAGUAGCCAACUGCUUCCAAAACAAGGUCAGCGUGUCAUGGAACAAGAAGCGGGUGAAGCCAGGGGAAACGGCCACAUUUACUGUGCGCGGCGCGCCCAACUCGCUCUGUGGCGUCUGUAAGUAUAUGAUCAGGUCGGUGUCAGCUGCCCCAGUGACUGCUGGGUCAGCCGGCACCUACAGCUGCCCCAGUGACUGCUGGGUCAGCCGGCACCUGCAGCUGCCCCAGUGA